AUGAGUUUAAUAUCAGACACUGAAAUAAUGCCAAUGCUAAAAAGUUUCUGUGCAGGAGAUCAAAUAAUUUGGAACGUCAACAACGAAAAUUGCUUAGAUGCCUUUAAAUCUCUUGUAGAUUUAAUAGAAAAAAAUAAUCUUCCUAAUCACUUCGUUUUAAGAUCCAUUCUUAUUGCACAGAACUUCAGAAUCAAAUUUCGAGACGUAUAUUAUUGUCUUGCUAAAUCAUUUUUAGAUAAAUAUGAAAAUAUCGAGAAAAAGAAAGAAGUUCUCGAUCAUUUUGAAAGGCUUCAAACAAUUAAACAACGGAAUGUUACAAAGUUCAACAUUAUAAUGGAUGAUCUUCAAAAAUUUCUGGAAAAUAUACAAAAACAAAAUAAAGAAAAAGAAGAUUACUUAAGCCUAGCGUGCGUCAGUGGAUCGAUCAAUAUAUUUAAGUAUCUCAUAGAAAAUGGCUCAGAAAUUACGGAAAAAGCUCAAAUUUGCGCUGCUUUAGGAGGACACGUGGAAAUUAUUAAUACGCUAAAAGAAAAAGGAGUAGAUUUCGAUAAUUUGUUUGAUCAAGUACUAUCAAGUCAUAAUAAUGAAGUUGCAGAUAUUUUAUUAAAAAAUAACGACAAAAAUAAGGAAAAAAUACGACCAGAGCUUCAGCUCCAAGAUUCCAACUUAAUGGCCUUCAAUUACGCACUACAAAACGGAAUAGAACCUCUAGAUAAAACAAAAUUAAUUUUAUACGCUUGUGAAUGCGAUUCAAUGGAAUUAUUGAAGUACUUUAUCGAAGAGAAGCAGUAUACAGCAACAGAAGCAGACUUUAAACCAACUUUAGACAUCGCAUCUGAAUAUAUCCACAAUCCUUUACAAAUUGCUGUCAAAAAUGGAAAUUACGUUAUGCUUGACUAUUUAAUACAGCAUGGUUAUGACAAAAACAUUGAAUUUUGCUUAAUGAACGAAAAACACAAUUUACUUUCUUAUUCAAUCAAAUUAGGUCGUGAAAACAUAAGUUUUCUGCUUAUUGAUAAAUACCAUGUCGACCACAACUUCACAGUUUAUAAAAACAACAAAUCUUAUACAAUGUUGAUAUAUGCUUUGAAAAAUAACUCAUUUAAGAUAGUCUGUAAGCUUUAUGGCAUGAAUGUAUCAAUUUCUGAAUGCUCAAAGAUCUUAAAUCCGAAUAAUCCUCCACAAAAUUCUAAAUCUCCUUUAAUGUAUGCUUGUAGACACGGAAGCAUUGACAUCGCUAGGUUAUUUAUGGCUAAUAAUGAAAUUAUGUCCUAUCAUACUGAUAAAUCUACCCCUCUAAUCGAAGCAAUUAAAUCAAAUAACCUUCAAAUCGUAAAAGCAUUGGUCAGUAAAGGCGCUAAUGUUAACAAGGUGACAAAAACAACCCCGAUCGGCGCAGCUCUAGAGUUUGGAGCUUCUAUGCCUAUAAUGAAAUUUUUACUUGAAAGUGGAGCGUCAUUGGAUCAACGCUUCACGCCCGUAAAAGGUGACGAAAAGGUCACGCCGAUAGAAUAUUGUUUAUCGAUUCCUUCUAAGAGAAGUAUUGCUAGAACACUUGAAGACUACAGUUACGCGAUUUCGAAGUUGAAUUCCACUCAAAAAACUCAAAUUCAAACUCAAAAUCAACUUCCUCCGCCAAAUCCUUCAGAACGGAGGAUCGUCCUCGAAGCUCUGAACAAAUACGUACAGGAAAACCCUCAAGCACUUAAUACUUUAGAAGAAUAUCAGAGAAAUCCACAAGAAUUUAUGUUGAAACAUGUCCAAUCCAUGCAGUAUCCUAAAAAUCAAGCAUCUACCAAAAGGGUAGCAAGGUUAUUGUUCAAACCUGAGCAAAUUAUUGAAAUUGUAAAAAAUAUUCCGAAAUAUAUUGCUGAUAAUAAUAAAAAGGAGUCAGAAGAGCCACCACCACCAGUUAUUAUAUCUUCCACCAUUAGUAUUCCUCCAAAACAAGCUCAAGAAACAGAUUCUGCUUCUAAAACAGAAAUAAAGCUUUCUACUGGAGAUGAAGUUGAUGCAAAGGUCGUAAUUCCUAAUAAUCAAGAAGAUCUUGAUAGCUUGAAGCGCCUAAUUGAAAAAAGAGUGAUAAAAGGAAUCGAUAUCAGCAAAUUGAAUAAUUAA